CCGCCGCCCCUGGCGCCGUCCCCGCCGGCGGUGCCAUGAAGCGGGCACACCCCGAGUACAGCUCGUCGGACAGCGAGGAGCUGGACGAGGCCAUCGAGGUGGAGAAGGAGAGCGCAGACGAGAAUGGGAACCUGAGCUCGGCCGCGGGCUCCAUGUCGCCCUCCACCACCUCGCAGAUCCUGGCCAGGAAGAGGCGCCGAGGGAUCAUCGAGAAGCGCCGCCGCGAUCGCAUCAACAACAGCCUGUCCGAACUGAGGAGGCUGGUGCCCAGCGCCUUUGAGAAGCAGGGAUCAGCCAAGUUGGAAAAAGCAGAGAUUCUGCAGAUGACUGUCGAUCACCUGAAAAUGCUGCAUACAGCGGGAGGGAAAGGUUAUUUUGAUGCUCAUGCUUUGGCUAUGGACUAUCGGAGUCUGGGGUUUCGAGAAUGCCUGGCUGAAGUUGCUCGAUACCUGAGUAUCAUAGAGGGUCUGGAUGCCUCUGAUCCUCUGCGAGUUCGACUCGUGUCUCAUCUCAAUAACUACGCCUCUCAACGGGAAGCAGCAAGUAGUGCACACACUGGCAUUGGACACAUUCCUUGGGGCAAUGCCUUUGGACAUCACCCUCACAUACCUCACCCAUUGCUGCUGGCUCAAAAUGGGCAUGGCAAUACCAGUACUGUAGCAUCUUCUACAGAGCCACAUCACCAGACCAGAAUUGCUGUCCCACAUGCUGAAACUUCCUCACUCAGAGUGCCCCCAAAUGGCAGCGUUGGACCAGUGCUCCCUGUGGUCACAUCUACUACUAAACUGUCUCCUCCGCUUCUCUCCUCCAUGGCAUCGCUGUCUGCGUUCCCCUUUUCGUUUGGCUCCUUUCAUCUGCUGUCCCCCAAUGUGCUGAGCCCAUCUACACCAACGCAGUCAGCAACACUUAGCAAACCAUACAGACCCUGGGGGACUGAGAUUGGCGCCUUCUAAGAACCAGCUCUUUAGUUAGGGUGGGAAAGCCUACAAACCUAGCUGAGCUGGGUUAUGCCACCCUUAAUGUUGAAGUUCUUAAUAACUGGGACAAAGGUACAGCUUCACCUUAAACAAGUCUGUCUAAAAACUGUCUCAUUGGAUUUUUUUUGUUGUUUUCUACAUUGUAUUAACAGUUUGUUGGUUGUUUUUUUUUAAUAGUUGCUGAAGUUGUCCAAAAAUAAAAUUACCAUAGUGGUUUGUUAACACUUGUGUUAGAUCUCUGCUGAGCAUUUAAGUCACUUUUGUAAACAGUUUUCUUCAAAUGUUUCAUUUUUCCUGAGUGCAUCAGACUGGCUUUUUAUGAAGAGAUAUCACAUAUUAAUGUUGGUGAAGGCCUAGUUUUGUUAUUAAUUUUUCCAAGACCACCCUUCUCAGCAUUAACAAGCUGUGUUUUUAUUAGUAUUUUGACAUUGAGAUGUUAUAUAAAGAAUUACUCUUUUUGUAAACUAUAUUUGAGUCUUAUAUUUCUGAGCAAAGCGUUGACAAAUCAGAUGGACCUGCUUGACCAGUUUUAUGUAAGAGUCUAAUUUCUAUUUCUUCUGCAGUAGUUUGGUAUAUUUGGUGAUCUUAUUUUAGUCCCUAGUGAACAUUUACUCACAUCUCAGAACCACUACGUUAUUUCUCCCACCAAAAGGAACAGUAUGAGUAAGGAGGGUGCAAAAGCCAAAUUGCACAGUGUAUUGGUGAUGGGUUUAGUUGCUGGGGAAGUUAAGGGAAAUAAAGUUGUCACCUGCAGUAGUCUUCCAGCUGGAGCUGGUCAUAUGCAUAUUCAUUUCAUAGGGCCAGAUUAUGCUUGGAGUUACAGUGGAGUAAUUGUUCUAUUAGCCUGAAUUCUUGGGUAUCUGAGAUCAGACUCUCUAUGAGCUUCACAUUCUCACCUGAAAUGAAUGAUGCUGGUAUUUAAUUAGCCAUUGGAAUGGUACAGUGGAACCCGUUCAGUGCCCAGCCUUGUUGCUUAACAGGUGCAUCCUAACCAGUUGAUUGCGUUUUACUUUUAAGUGCAGUUCAGUGCCACUCUUCAUUUUGUAAGGGCUCUGCUGUGUUCCAGUGUGUGAGAGAGUGUGUGCAUGUACACGUAUAUUUUGUUUGAUUUCAUGAGAAUCUUAAUCUGAACAGGUUUAUUGAGGGAGUUCCAUUGGAUGGGGUUUGCCUGCUCUUGUAUCUGUGUUGUGGCUAAAUAAAGGAGAAAGAACGAAGUAUUUUAAAUGACAUGCUUGUCUGAUAUAUAUCAGUGGAGAAUUCUAUGCCUCUGGGUGUCAUGGGAGAUGUCAAACAAUUGCUACUUAGUCCUGCCAUGGGCAUUUGUAUUUACUCUUUUCUCAGAUAUUAUGGCAUGCUUAGCUACACUAGCUGAGUGCAUGAAGAACCACAGUGCCUCGGAGUAACAGCUGAGGGAAGGAAAAUGUAGGAUUUGUUUUGCAUGUCACUUUUACGUGUGUGGGCAGACAGUGAAGAUACAAGGGUUUCUGCUAUAGAAGAGGUUAAAGCUGCACUGCACAUGAAUAGUCUUAGUGACUUUUAUUACUAUUAAAAAGUGAUCAUUUUUACAAA